AAGUACUAUUGACUGUGAGUUCUUUUUAUGACAAAUAGAAUUUGUACUUUGGGAUAAGCUAGACUUAUUUCAGUCUCAGCAUACACACAGAUUUAUUACAUUUUUGUGUCAUGAGUAGGAUUUUCCUUAAAUUUUGGUUCCCAUUACAAUUUUGGUGCCACAUACACAUUCCCCUCCCAUUACACACAUCUUAAUUUGUGCUAUUAAAGUAAAGAACUAAGUAAAGCUACUCUCAUUAGGCAUGUACAUUUUGCUAGAUACAUGUAUCUUAAUAAAACAAGUGUUUGUACAAUACCUGCUUGUGAUAAUAAAUAAAUUUUACUUGAUUUUCAUUGUGAAUUAUCGGUAUUAUAAAUAUAUGAUUUGCGUACAUAUUUCAUGAUAAAUUUUAUGUAUUAAGUCAUUAAAUUAAAUCUGUUCUGAAUAUGCAAUCCACUUUAAGUGAAAACAUCCUAUACAGAUAUUCUUCAUUUACUUUCUGUGACUAUGUUCUGUAGUAAACUGGAGAUUUUUAUUAACAUUUUACAUACUUGUUGUAAAAAUCUAUUCCAGUAACCUUUUAAUUUUAUGACCAUGAUGACUUCCUUUGAAGAAACAAGUAUAUUUAAAAUUAAUAUUUCUUAUCUCUGUCUGUGGAGGAAAAUGCAAAUGAAUGAUGUUCGUCAUCCUUGGACAUGUUGGAUACCAUAUACUGCUAAAGAUAUGAUUACAUGUAUUUAACUUAAUGACCCAUUGUGUUAAUUAAUAUGUGAUUGAUAAUGUGCUUUUUUUACAGCACGGGUAAAGAUGGAAUUCCUAAAGAGUACUAUACCCUAGACUGUAUUUUGUUCCUGCUAAAAAAUGUGCAGCUGCAGCACGCUUUGUAUGUCAGGGAAGCCGCAGCUAAAGGUGUACCUGUGGUGCGUCGUCCUGACAGAAAGGAUUUGUUGUCCUAUCUAAAUGGAGAAACAUCAUCCUCUGCAAAUAUUGACAAAAGCGCUCCUCUGGAAAUUCCUCUACAAAAAAUUCCACAAGCCAAAAGAGGAGCAAUAGACACUCAUGAAGGAGAUAAAAAGAAACCAAGACUAGAGGAGAAACAAGUACAAGAGGCCAGGUUAAACUGGAUCAACAAAAUCGACGCCCCAAGAGAGACCUCUGUCCUCCCUGCAGCUCUAGCUUCCUCAUCCUUGCCAGAAGCAAUGCCCUUAGAAAAGAUUGCUGCCAUCAAAGCCAAAAGAUUGGCAAAGAAGCGAACAAUGAUUAAAGUGGAUGAAAAUGACAUUCAGUCGGGUGCUCUGGAACAGAGAAGCUUUGUGGAUGCUGAAGUGGACGUAACCAGAGACAUUGUCAGCAGAGAGCGAUUAUGGCGGACUAGAACAACAAUUCUACAGAGUCAAGGAAAACAAUUUGCAAAGAACAUCUUUGGAAUUCUGCAGUCAAUAAAAGCCAGAGAAGAAGGCACUCAGAAACACCACCCAGCUCCUCAUACUCCAUCAGUGGCUCCAGCACGGCCCCCACAACCAGUUGUUGGAUACAACAGAUACAAUCAGGAAUCAUUCAAAAGCAAAGAAGACACUGGAGAAUUUCAGAUUGAUACAAACAGAUCUUACCAUGGUAUGACCCUCAAGUUUGUGACAGAGGGUGGGCCAUCACAGAAAAAACGCCCUGAGCCACAGAGACAACAACCACAACCACUACAGCCAAUGUCACGGCCGGUGUCACAGGCCAGACCUCCACCCAGUCAGAAAAAAGGUUCCAGAACUCCCAUCAUUAUUAUCCCUGCAGCAACAACAUCACUAAUCACAAUGUUCAAUGCAAAAGACAUACUACAGGAUCUGAGAUUUGUAAGCACAGUUGACAAGAAGGCUCAAGGCACCAAGAGAGAUAAUGAGGUGUUGAUACAGAGGAGGAAAUCAGGGGGCUUAACUGUCCCAUAUAGAGUUAUUGAUAAUCCUCUAAAACUGUCUCAAGAUGACUGGGAAAGAGUUGUUGCAGUGUUUGUGCAGGGUCCUGCAUGGCAGUUUAAAAACUGGCCUUGGAAUGGAAACCCUGUGGAAAUAUUUUCCAAAGUGAAAGCCUUCCACUUGAAGUGGGGAGAACUUCCUUUGGAAGCCAAUGUACAGAAGUGGGCAGUGACCGUGCUAAAUCUUGACAGAAUGAGGCGACAUCUUGACAGAGCAACACUCAAUACAUUCUGGGAAGUGUUAGACAAGUACAUGGCAAAGGAUAAACCUCAUCUGAGGUACUAGAUGAAAAAACUUCUUGGCGAUUGUGUUGCUGUAUUUUCAUCAUGUACAUGUAAUAGCUGGUGUGGAAAAGAGACAGUAUUUACUGGUCUUUUGCAAUAUACAUAUAUGUGAGACUUUUUAUGAUUGUGUGUGUGUGUGGAGAGAGAGAGAGAGAAAAGAGAGGUAGUUAAAAGAAAGAAAAUAAUGGAGAAUUACAUAUUACAUGAUUCAAGUGUACAUAGUUGAACAAAAUAUCAAUAAAAAUGUAAUUCAAAAUGUG